UAUACUCCCUCCCUCUGGGGCCUCCCUCCCACCCUUCUAGGUCAUCACAGAGCUGGUAUGCAGUUUAUUAAACAUCACUGUCUACUGCCCCCUUGCCCAAAACUUUAUCUUUGAAUAGUGAAAUAAAAUCUUGAAAUGCCUUUUUGUGAGAUUUUUGGACCUCUUGCUAAAUAGGUUUUGGAAUUACAAACUUUGGAGGUGGAAGGGAAGCGUCAGGAAUUCAUAUUUUACAGAUGGAAGAACUGAUCCCAGAGGAGUUAAGACAUCUUAGCCAAGGUUACUCAUCGUUCUGGAAGGAGACAAGGCUUGUCUCGCCUAACCCACUAUUCUUGCCCCAGGGCCAAAGACUCAAGAAUGUGCUGACUUCAAUGUUUAGUACAAUCGUCUUUACUAAGCAUUGUUAAACAUUUUAACCAACAACAAAACAUUCAAGAUGAAACACACUUUUUUUUUUUUAACUUGGGGACAUGAUUUCUAGGUGAUCAUCGGCAUUUCAUAGCCAUUUAUUUGACAAAGAACUUGAUCCAAUGAAUGCUGUAUACCGUCAAGGUAAGCAUGACACUGCAUAACACAGCAGCUGUUCAUAACUUAGGGAGGGGGCAGACAUGCAGUCAAACAGUUAAAAUAAUUACAUACAAACAUGUACAAAGGUCUAUUGCGCUGUACAAAUGUGUGAAGCAAUGGUUCUCAGCUGGAGGAUGGGUCCCACUCCCAUAUCCCCAGCAGACAUUUGGCAAAUGUCAGGAGAUAAUUUUGAUUCUCACAACUUGGGGGAGGGGGUGGUGAUACUGGCAUCUAGUGAGCAGAGGCCAGAGAUGCAGCUAAACAUCCUCAAAUUCACAGGUCAGCCCCCCAACAACAAAGACUUAGGCAGCCCAAAAUGUCAACAGGGCUGAGGCUGAGGUGGUAUACAGGCAGCAAAGUAUUUUCUACAAGGGACUGGUUAUGGGAGAGUUUACUGAAGAGAUAAAGAUUGGGGUGAGGGAGAGAGGGCCCCCAGAAGAAGAAUCAGCAUGCACACAGCCACAGAAGCAGGCAUGUAGGCAAUCGCAUACACUGGAGGGAGGGUCACGGGCGUAAGGCUGGACAGCUAGGUAGGAGCUGACACAGGAGGAAGCAGGCUGAGUGGUAGGAGCCCCUGUGAGUGCGAUCCAUGGGUCCUGUUCUGGUGCUUCACAGGCCACUCAGGAGCACGGGCUGGGUGCCGACCGCUGCCAGCGAAAACUGUCCAAGUGUUUACAAUGAGACUUCUAUCACCUUCAGUCCUUAAGGUCUGGGGGUUCUCCAGGCAUUUUACUUUCUCAGAGACAGAGUCAUUUCAGUGCAUAGGUUGUUUCAGUGGAAUGUAAGCUCUCAGGUGGAACAGCUCUCUACUAACACCACUCAGCUGGGUCUCAACACUGUGAUGAAAUCAGGAGCAGGGAUGAAGUGGUUAUUCCUCAUGCGUUAAUCUUACAGGCAGAUGAUGACGUUCCACUUUCGGGUAGCAAUGUAGGCCAGAAAUGGGGAUAUGUGACCCUCAAGACUCGACUGCCACCUUGAAUUUAAAUGAAUUGUUUUCCUCUCCCUGCCAAAAAACGGUGGGCAGGGAGGCUGUUUCAAUCAGGGUUUCUCUUUCUCUUAACCUAACGAUGACCAAAGCAACUGACAAACUGUCACGGAAUCAGCCAGACCUCGCUCUGGCCUUCCUGUAUCCCCAGUUCCUGAACUUUCCCUCCUUCUGUUAUCUCUGGGCCCAUUCUUAGCAAACUAACAAGUCCCAGACUCCUAAUCUGCAACCAUCCUAGAGGCCUGUUGAGCUCUGGUCCAAGUGUCUAUCUCUGCCCCCUGGUGGCCUGAUGAUAGAGCUUCAUGGAGGUAUCUUCCAACCUCUCCUCCAGCACUGACUCAGACAGCUACGCUGAAGUGAAUGAUUUGAUCACCCAAAUAUCCUCCAAAGUGCAGAUACAAGAUAUUACUAUGGAAUUACACUGCCCACUGUGUAAUGACUGGUUUCGUGAUCCACUAAUGCUAAGCUGUGGCCACAACUUCUGCCAAUCUUGUAUCCAAAAUUUUUGGAAGCAGCAAGCAAAUGAAACAUUCUGUCCUGAGUGUAAGAUGUUAUGUCAGUACAGCAACUGUACAUUUAACCUUGUACUGGAGAAGCUAGUAGAGAAGAUUAAGAAGCUACCCCUGCUCAAGGGCCAUCCACGGUGCCCAGAGCAUGGAGAGAACCUGAAACUGUUCAGUAAGCCAGAUGGGAGACUAAUAUGCUUUCAAUGCAAAGAUGCUCGAUUGUCUGUGGGGCAGUCUAAAGAAUUCCUGCAGAUCUCUGAUGCUGUCCGUUUCUUCACGGUGGGUGAGCCCUGGGUCUUGAACAGUCUUGAGCAAUUCCUUAGGAAGGCUGGGAAAAACCAUUUGUUGGACUUCUUUCAAUACCACCCCUUCAGAGGAGCUUACCAUCCAUCAGGGUCAACUGGAGGCAACCCUGAAGGAGCUUCAGUCCCUGAAGAAUAUGCAGAAAGAUGCUAUUGCUGCUCACAAGGUUUCCAGGAAAACAAGCUACAUCUGCAGCGACACAUCUCCCUGGAGUUUCUAAAGCUGCAUCAGUUCCUGCACAGCAAAGAAAAGGACCUUUUAAGUGAGCUCCGAGAAGAGGGGAAAGCCUUGAAUGAGGAGAUGGAGCUGAAUCUGAGCCACAUUCAGGAACAGUGUCUCCUAGCCAAGGAGAUGUUGAUGAGCAUCCAGGCACGGAUGGAGCAGCAGAACCCCUUCGAUUUUCUCAAAGACAUCACACCUCUCUUGGAGAGCUUGGAGCAAGGAAUGAGAGUGCUGACGCCCAAGGAGCUUGUCUCCAGAAAGCUGAGCCCAGGCGUGUUCAAAGGGCCCAUCCAGUACACGAUGUGGAGGGACAUGCAGUCCGCCCUCUCCCCAGGCUUAUCUCCAUUAACUCUGGACCCUAAAACUGCUCACCCAAAUCUAGUGCUCUCCAAAAACCGAACCAGUGUGUGGCAUGGUGACAUUAAGCAGGUAAUGCCUGAUGAUCCAGAGAGGUUUGACUCAAGUGUGGCUGUGCUGGGCUCAAAAGGCUUCACAUCUGGAAAGUGGUACUGGGAAGUAGAAGUAGCAAAGAAGACAAAAUGGACAGUUGGAGUUGUCAGAGAAUCCAUCCUUCGGAAGGGCAGCUGUCCUCUAACUCCUGAGCAAGGAUUCUGGCUUUUAAGACUAAGGAACCAAACUGAUCUAAAGGCUCUGGAUUUUCCUUCUUGCAGUCUGAAACUGACUAACAACCUCAACAAGGUGGGCAUAUAUCUAGAUUAUGAGGGAGGACAAGUGUCCUUCUACAAUGCUAAAACUAUGACCCACAUUUACACCUUCAGUAGCACGUUCAUGGAGAAACUUUACCCCUACUUCUGCCCUUGCCUUAAUGAUGGUGGAGAGAAUAAAGAACCACUGCAUAUCUUACAUCCACAGUAAUCUGUUAUACGAUUGUGUAAAUUCAGAGAGUUAUUAAAGAGGUAUUGAAAUAGUUUA